GGCGGAGACCCGGCCCGGGGGCGGUGGCUUAGUCAGGCGCGAAGCCCCCGCCUCCCGCAGGUCCCGGAGGCGGCGGCGUAGCGGGGAGCCAGGCUCCGGCCGGCGGCUGUUGCGCCGAGAGAGCCAGGCCGGCACAGCGCCAUGCGGACGAACUCGGGGCUCCGGGUGGAGGAGGACCACCCGGUGAGCGGUGAGCGUCCUCCACGAGCCCUUCCACCUGUGCCAAGUGCUAAUCAAGAUGAUAUUCCACUUAGUCGUCCUAAGAAAAAGAAGCCCAGAACAAAAACCACGCUAGCUAGUGCUUCUUUGGAAGGUCUUGUUCAGACUGCUGUUCACAGGCCACCUGAGGGCAGUGAGCCACCAACUAAAGACCCCAUAGAACAUCAAGAAGCUCCUGUUCAAAGGAGACAGAAGAAGACGAAGCUACCUCUUGAACUGGAGACUGCCUUUACCCAGAAGAAGACUUCUAGUGCAUCUUUAUUACCAAAUGAAAAUGGUAUCAACGUGGAGCCAGCUGAGGAGCCAGCUAUUCAGAAACCUCGAAGGAAGACAAAGAAAACCCAGCCAGCAGAAUUACAUUAUGCCAAUGAGCUAGGAGUUGAAGAUGAAGACAUAAUUACUGAUGAGCAAAGUAGUCCAGAACAACAGUCUGUACUGACUGCACCCACUGGUAUUAGCCAGCCUGUAGGGAAAGUGUUUGUGGAAAAAAGCCGGCGAUUCCAGGCUGCUGAUCGCUCAGAGUUGAUAAAGACCACAGAAAAGAUAGACGUGUCGAUGGACAUGAAGCCUUCCUGGACCACCAGAGAUGUUGCACUGUCAGUGAACCGGGCUUUCAGGAUGAUUGGUCUCUUUUCUCAUGGCUUCUUGGCUGGCUGUGCUGUGUGGAAUAUUGUUGUGAUAUAUGUUUUAGCAGGAGACGAGCUUUCUAACCUCUCAAACCUUCUGCAACAAUACAAGACGUUAGCAUAUCCAUUCCAGAGUCUUCUCUACUUGCUUUUGGCUCUAAGUACAGUUUCAGCUUUUGACAGGAUUGACUUUGCUAAAACAUCAGUAGCCAUCCGAAAUUUUCUUGCCCUGGAUCCAACAGCUUUAGCAUCUUUCUUGUACUUUACUGCUCUUAUAUUAUCUCUGAGUCAACAAAUGACAAGUGACAGAAUCCACCUUUACACACCUUCUUCUGUUAAUGGUAGCCUCUGGGCAGAAGGAGUUGAGGAACAGGUUCUCCAGCCAUGGAUUGUGGUGAAUCUGGUGGUGGCCCUUCUGGUUGGAUUAUCUUGGCUUUUUUUGUCUUAUAGGCCAGGCAUGGAUCUUAGUGAAGAAUUGUGAAUCCACUGACAAUCCUGAAGUCAUCCUGCCUGUUCCAGCUUUCACUGUGAUCAGCAAUGCUUUUCAUGUUGGCAUCAAGCUGGCAGUGCAGGAGUUCAUGAUCCUCCCUGCCAGCAAACUUCAGGGAAGCCACGCUCAUUAGAGCUGAAGCUUACCACACCUGAACAAUGUCGUCAAGGAGAAACAUGAAAGAACCAAUGUGGGGGAUUUUGGUGAGCUGAAUAUUGUCCCCCAAAGAUGUCCAUGUCCCAAUCCGUGGAAUCUGGUGGAGCUGUACAAAUUUUUCAUCAAGGAAAACACAGUGGUAUCUAUCAAAAAACUUUUGGCCAUGAUGAUUGAGAAACUUGGAGGAAGUUCGUUGCUAAUGUAUGUCUCCAUGAUUGGCUCAAAAUCAUAAUUUUUCUCACCUUUCUCCAUACAUCACAUGUUGGGUAGAGUGGUAUACUUAGUAGAGUUCCUGAGGUGUCAAAAAGCAAGAUCCCCAGUGGGGUUUUUGUCAUUGUUUUUUGGGUGCAAAAUAUUCGGUAAUUAAUACCUGCCUCUCCCCACUCCCCGCAGGCAGAACAAAAUAUACAUAGGCUUCUAUGCUCCAUUCCCAGAGAUUCAGAUUCAUUGGGUCUGAGAUGGUACCUGGAACACUGUCUUUUAGAAAAAGGUAUGCCAAGUGGUUGUGAUAUAGCCAGUAGACUAGCCAGCAUUUGGGAUCUCUGGCCUACGUGUACCAUUUGUAAUUUAUUAUGAAACAAAGCUUGGAUUGCAAUAGAUGACUUGAUUUGAUCUUGAUCAAAUUGCUAGGUUUGUGAGAGGACAAAAAAAAGAAAGAAAAUGAAUAAAACAUGGUACCUGUCUUUUAGUGACUCAUAAUCUAGUCAAAAGACAGAGAUAGGCAUAGGAGUUGAAGAAUCUAGGGAAGUAUUUCAGGUAAGGGGUAUGUGCAGGUCCUUUAUAGGAUGGAUAGGAUUUCUACUGGUGGAAGUGGAGACAAAGAAAAGGCUAUACACGUGAGUGAGCUCUGAGGGAUUUUUAUUUGGAAACUAUCAAAUGUAAAAUUGUUGAAAGACUAAUGUAAUAGCAACUAUAAUCUAUAUCAACUUAGAUUAUUGUUAAAUUUUUGCCUCAUUUGCUUUCUUUCUUUAUACAUCCUUUCUCUUGGUAAAUCUUUUGAAAGUAAGUUGCUAACAUCAUGUCACUUCACCCAAAUAUUUAAGCAUGCAUCCUCCAAAAAGAACAUUUUUCUGCAUAGCACAAUAUCAUUCAAACAGUUGGAAAAACAAUAAUUUCAGUCCAUUCUCAAAUUUUCCCAGAUGUCUCUUAAGAUCUAGUCAUGGUUUACGCAUUUCAGUUUGUUAUCUAAAUUUAAAAUGGUCUCAUCUUU